UGUCUCCAUGAAUACAAAUUGAAUUAAUUUGGAGUUUCCCCACGCAAAAACGCCACAUUUAUUGAUUUAAAAGCGGCAUAUCUUAUAAAAAAAAACAAAAUGGAUGAGAAACGAAAACUCUCCGAAGAAGAUUGGACCAAUCUAACAAAAUAUUUCAUUGGAAACAACACUCGAUACAGAGACACAAUAAUAAUUCCAAAAAAUCUUGGUCCUGUUAAAAUAAAAAGUAACGAAGAGAAAAUGGUUGAAAGCGCGAUGGAAAGUUGUGCUUUUAAGUCGAUUAUGAGUUGUGUAAUAGGUUACGGUUUGGGAGCUGCCAUAGGUUUAUUUUCGGCUAGUAUGGGCCCCACGACCGGUUUAGAAGUAGAACAACAAACCGCGCGACAAGUUUUUAAAGAAAUGAAAACAACCACGUUAAGUUACGCCAAAAAUUUCGCCAUGAUCGGUGCUUUAUUUUCCGCCGUUGAAUGUGCAAUUGAAACGUCCCGAGGAAAAAGCGAUUGGAAAAACGGUACAUACGCCGGGGCUGUUACCGGAGGAGCAAUUGGAUUAAGAGCCGGAGUGAAAGCUGGGAUAUUUGGAGCUGCGGGAUUUGCAGCUUUUUCGACAGCUAUCGAUUAUUAUAUGCAUUCUAGAUAAAAUUAUAAUAAUUAAAGAAUUAAAUUAGUUGUUAUUUAA